AUGGCUACCACCAUCCGCCCGGCUGACUUUCCCGAUUUCCAUGUUAUAGGCCGCCAAACCGGGACCCAACAUGACUUCGUUGGUCGUGAGUUCCUAACGCAUUGUCUCCCAGACGUUCCCCCGCGUCAUCGCAUCCUAGCCCUGCUUGGCACAACAGACAUAGGUAAUGCCGCUAGCCCGAGCGAAGAUGGCUGGCCCAAGGACAUGGCGGAUCACCAACAUUCCCUCGACGUGGUACGAGCACUAGCGCCUAAUCAAAUCUGGUUGACCUGUGAAGAUCCCGAAACCCUAGUCGCCAAGUACCAUGAAUACCUUCAUGGGGAUUCGAACGGUGACCGUCGGGUGGUGCUUGAUACCAUGAGGCUCCCAGACAUACUGGGUACUGGAAAUCUACGGGUUGUGCCGAGAGACAUUCUUCUUGAGCGAUACCUCAAUACCCUUCAAGAGCAAGCUACCGAAGCAGCCCGCCUCGGAGAGCAUCUUGUGCUGUUAAUAUUCGGUCAUGGAACCACAAAAUAUGGUGUUGAGGUCGGAGGGUCGAUCCUUCAGAUAGGAGACUUACGCCGAGUGCUACUAAACAGCUCCCAAGUCACUAUCUUCACCACCUCAUGUUACUCCGGCGGCUGGCUGGUGCUCCACGGUAUGAAUCAGCAGCCGCUCGACGCAACAGCAAUCGCAUCAGCAGGCCCGGACGACUGCUCCUUGUCGUGGCCCCUCAGCGGAAGCAUUGGACGAGCCAGUGGCAGCUUGGCAGCCACCGCAGUACUACGCUGCCUGGUAGAUGCCGAGGAUGAAAUCAAAGAGAGGAUGGAGCACCCCACCUACAUCCAGCUUGCGAAGUCUAUUUAUGACUGUAUGAAGGGAAUGGGCACGCUUGGCAAUUCGCAACAGAUUCAUUUUUCGGCGGAGAAUGAUGAAUGGGAGUCCAGUUAUCAGGUCCGUCUCGGUUUGCCUCUCACGUCAUAUAAGGAAAGGUGGCAGUCCCUGCGCCAGGUUCCCCCAUCCCCAUCCCAGCCAGGUAGUCAGCUAGCUGGCGCUAGCGGACGGUCGCUCAAACGUUUGCAGUAUCUUGCCAAAGAAUACUUCGCCUCCCAACCUGGUGCCGACAAUGCCGCUCCGAACGUCGGCUUGCAUUCUUGUCUGAAGCAGGUUUUGAAUAGAGCUAGCUAUUCUAAAGAGAAGGUGCAGGAACUAACGGAAAUCACCGCGUACAGACUUGGGGCUAUGCAUGAAGCCGAGUACCUGUGGAAGGAAACAGGGGCCGAGUAUCCAUCAAUUUUCGACAUUGACCCCAGUCAGAGGCUUGCUAAAAUGUCCGACAAAGAGCUGAUCAUGAAAACUUGGUCAAUGCUGCUCACGUACGACAUCAAUACAACUCCGAUCGGGAUCCGCCGGCCUCAUGUCAAGCCUCUGCAAUACCUUACACUUGCGCUAGUGGAAACAUGUCAGUCCUGGGCAGUGAUCGAGCACCAUGUCAAGGCUAUGGUUGGCAAGAAAAAGGCGUGGUACCGAUUCAUUUUCAAGGAAUGGCAAGGGAAUCGAGUCGCUCAUGAUGAGGGCGUAAGAAGAAACCCACGUGCUUUUCUGGAAGCAGUCAAGAAGAUUCGACAAUAG